CGAUCCUACUCCUCCCCCAACUUCCCCAUUCAAUCAACACAUCUGCAUUCCGCCCGUCCUGGCCGGACGCCCCAUCCCCAUCGCCACCUCCCUCCUCCAUCUGCAUCUCCAGACAUAUUCUCUUUCGUUUUGGUUCUUCUCUCUCCGACUGGCCGUCGGCAGCGACACACACACACGCCCACACUCGUUCAACAUAGUCCUGCCUGCGUUGUCGCUCGCUCGCUCUCUCUCGGCCGCCGUGCCGACUGUGAGGUUGGGAUCUGGGGAGGAUCAAGGUUAAACUUCUAGCGCCUGGUCGUAACGUGAGCUGAGCUGAUCGCGGCUCCUGCAACCCAAUUCCGUCAUGGCUUCCCACGACUACUACAGCCAGGACCACCUGAACAAACCCCUACCCCCACCGCUGACUUCCUCGCCUGCCCCCAUGGACGGUCCUCAUCGUCAGGACACCGUGGGCUCCUAUGCCAGCUCGCAGUACUCUCAGCGAGGCAACACCAUGCCGGGCCACCAAGCCUACCCAGCCAGAUCCGACACCUACGCCUCCGCUGUCCCGUCGCUACCCUCGAUACCACCUCAGCACAGGCAAGACACAUACGGCUCGUCAGCCUACACUGCACCCGCGCCGGCACCAUCUCUGUACUCGAAUGCGCCUUCCUACUCGACGAACCCUCCCUCAUACACGACCCAGCAGCACCUGGGCACCCAGCCACCAGGGCAGGAGCCUUCGCCGGUCUCGGCCAAAUCCGUGUCGCCCUUCGAGACCGUUUUCGACGACCAUGCCUACCCCGCGACCUCGUAUCAGUCUGCAGGGUCGAGUCGCCAGCACCUGACAGGCCAGGAUACGUCCUACCACGGCGGGAACGGCUCUCCAUCCGAUGACCGGGGACAUCCGCAGGACGCCAUACCUCUGCAGGAUCGCGGAGCCAAGGACCCGAGUGACGAUCUCGACCAUGUCUACGAGGCGCCUCAGCGUAGACGGAAGGAGAGGAAGCAAGGUGUGCGCUUCGGCGAGCUGGGCAUGUUCGGCGCAUAUGGCAACCGUAUUCCUUGGGUGGUAUACAUCUUCACCGUGGUGCAGGUGGGCGUCUUCAUCGGCGAGAUUGUGAAGAACGUCCAACUGACCAAGUCUCCGAUCAUGACAAAACCAUCAUUCAACCCCAUGAUCGGCCCUUCGACGUAUGUCUUGAUCAAUUUCGGCGCCAGAUUCGUGCCCUGCAUGCACAACGUGGACGGAAUCACGAACGCCAACGAGACUAUACGCUGGCCAUGUCCCGAUACCACCUCAGCCGAUACCGCCACAUACACAUGUACAUUGUCCGACUUGUGUGGCUUUGGAGGCAUCCCUGAACCAAAAUACAACCCCGCCGCAAGCAUGAGUGACAAGCCCGAACCUAACCAGUGGUGGCGCUUUAUCCUACCCAUGUUCAUGCACGCUGGGCUUAUCCAUAUUGGCUUCAACCUGCUGCUCCAACUUACCAUGGGCAAGGAGAUGGAGAGGUCUAUCGGGUCACUCCGAUUCUUCUUGGUCUACGUGUGCUCUGGGAUAUUUGGCUUCGUUCUGGGUGGUAACUAUGCGGGCGCUGGUUUGGCUUCUACCGGCGCCUCCGGCUCACUUUUCGGCAUCAUCGCUCUGACACUGCUCGACCUCUUCUACUCGUGGUCGGACCGUCUGUCGCCUGUCCGAGAUCUCAUGUUCAUUAUGCUGGAUAUCAUUAUCUCGUUCGUCCUCGGCCUCUUGCCUGGUGUCGACAACUUCUCCCACAUCGGUGGCUUGUUGAUGGGCUUGGCGCUUGGCCUGUCUGUGCUGCACUCUCCAAACGCGCUGCGGCGCAGAAUAGGCGACGAAUCGCCAUACUCGACCGUCAACUCAGGCUACGCGGGAGACAAACCACCAGGGUUCCUCAAGAACCCGGUUGGCUUUUUCAAGGGUCGAAAGCCUUUCUGGUGGGCCUGGUGGCUGGUCCGUGCCGGUGCGUUGCUGUUGGUAUUUGUCGUGUUCAUUGUGCUGCUGCAAAACUUUUAUGUCCACCACAAGACCUGCAGUUGGUGCAAGUAUCUGAGUUGCCUGCCUGUAAGCAACUGGUGCAACAGCGGGCUGACGUUCACAUAAGACCUGUCACCGUCGCCAGGAACUACAAAGCGAUAGCCGGUCCCGGUCCUCAAAUCCCGGAGACACUACUCAUAUUUACAGACUUGUUUUGAUGUCAGGAACGACCGGGCGGUGCCAUAUCUGACAUGGGAGGACACGUGAAGCAGAUUGAUUGGACGGGAAGCGAUUCGGUCGUGACCUUGCACAGCGGCGGAGUUUAGGUGGCUUCUGUGCGACUAAAGAGUUGGCAGAGCCAUGACGGGUUGAUUUUAGGAAUGUCUACGGCGGGAAUUAGUGCGCUCGGCAAUGCCUUGCUAUUCUAUUUAUGAGCAUCGAGAGGACGAUACAUAUUUACCAUGGAAGGGGCAUCAGGGAUCGGUAUGAGCAUAUCGGAUCUUCCGGCCGAGCAUGAACAUUGGUGUUCUGAUUGCAUUCCACGACGAAGUCGGCCGAGAAGAUAAUCGGUGGUGAUACCAGCGGAAAUCGCAAAAGUUCAUACCCCUAUAGUACUUGCGAAAUUCUCAACACAUUACACGAGACACUAGACUUGUUUUUAUGAAAAACGUGCGGCUGUACUAGUUGGUGUUCAAGGCUCAACGGCAGCUUCUCAUUCCCACCCUGGACCUAAUCUCAAAUUCUGAGACAGACAGUAACAUCGCGCAUUGGCAUCCUCUCAUUCAUGGAAAACGGUCUUGUCCAAUGCUCGUGCUAACAGCCG